ACUACGUUUAAUCAAGGUAAAUUUUCAGAUUGAUGGAAAAUCCGUCAUAAUGAUGGGAAAUUCAACUGCCAAAGACUCGGUUGGUCGGGGAAUUCAAAUUUCUGGGCUGGAAGCACGCUUGAUGUCAAUUCAUCUUUUUCCAGAAGGUCUUAGUGCUGCUGUAUACCAAGACACGUUUCGGUUUCCCCAAAAUACCGGAAUUUAUACACACUUCAAAGGAUCUUGAAUAUGUUAUUGUAAGAAAAUACUUAGAUCUCUUUUUGGUAAAAUCAUCAAAACAAGCACAAACUAUAUGUCACUUGAAGAUUAAUUCAAAUAACAUGAUUUUCAGACAAGGCGCAAUUUUAGAUUCCAUCGUUCUUGAUUUACAUUUGGAAUCUUUGCUCGAUUUGGGUAUCACCUGUGCUAUUUUUCAAAGUGCACUUAAAUUGCUUCAAAAUUUGCCUUCACUUCAAAUCUUAUCUUUGGAUUCCGUUCAUUUUGAUGAAGACAAAAACGUAGCCAUAGUUCCUAUACUCAAAAGCAAAAUCCAAAAGUUGUAUCUCACUUUGAAUUGCAAAGAAAACUCAACCAUGCAACAGCAGAAUCAAGUCAUGGAGUUUGUGAUUCAGUCUUGCCCUCUACUAGUUGAUUUCUCUUUAAGCGGAACUAUGCUACUAUCCAAAAUCAGGAGUUUAAAACUGUGCUUCUUUUAUCAUGAAGAUUUGAAGACGAUCAAAAUUAAUAUCAAAGGAGUCCACUACUAUGUUUUUUCAUGGAAAGACGGGAAGCAAGGUCUUCAAUGGGAGGAUUACAAUGGAGCAGUAAAGAAUUGGGAUCUGACCUGGAAAAAAUUGCAUGUUGAUAUAGCGUGGAGAAACAAAGAUGCACAACUCAUCUUGGCAAAGGCACCAGUGAAUAACUAAAUACACUCAAUUGUCCGGAAUAAAACUUGUUUCUUUUACUUACAAACAUUGUUAUGCGUUAAUUAUUUGCCUCAUGUGAUUAAUGAUGUACAUACGCGUCACUGCCAAGUAUAAAGCGGAUUAUAGGAAAAG